AUGGAUGUGGUCGAAAAAGUCCUCGCCUCCGGGGAGGACGACUGCUUUGUUUCGAACAUCCCUUGGGGUGGGCAAGUGUCAAGACCAAAGUCCCUCGUUUUUGGAACAUCACGUGAUAGGGGUGGGCGAGUAGUCGCUUGUUUAGAACAUCUCUUGGGGUGUUCAAGUUGUCAAAAAAUCCUCGCCUCUGGGCAGGACGACUGGUUUGUUUCGAACAUUCCUAGGGGUGGGCAAGUGUCAAGACCAAAGUCCCUCAUAUUUGGAACAUUCCACGAUAGGGGUGGGCGAGUGGUCACUUGUUUAGAACAUUCCUUGGGGUGGGCAAGUGGUCGAAAAAGUCCUCGCCUCCGGGCAGGACGACUGCUUUGUUUCGAACAUCCCUUGGGGUGGGCAAGUGUCAAGACCAAAGUCCCUCGUUUUUUAAACAUCACGGGUGGGCGAGUAGUCGCUUGUUUAGAACAUCUCUUGGGGUGUUCAAGUUGUCAAAAAAUCCUCGCCUCUGGGCAGGACGACUGGUUUGUUUCGAACAUUCCUAGGGGUGGGCAAGUGUCAAGACCAAAGUCCCUCAUAUUUGGAACAUUCCACGAUAGGGGUGGGCGAGUGGUCACUUGUUUAGAACAUUCCUUGGGGUGGGCAAGUGGUCGAAAAAGUCCUCGCCUCCGGGCAGGACGACUGCUUUGUUUCGAACAUCCCUUGGGGUGGGCAAGUGUCAAGACCAAAGUCCCUCGUUUUUUACACAUCCCGCGAUGGGGGUGGGCGAGUGGACGCUUGUUUAGAACAUUCCUUGGGGUGGGAAAGUUGUCUAAAAAGUCCUCACCUCCGAGCAGGACGACUGCUUUGUUUCGAACAUUCCUUGGGGGGGGGCCUAAAAGCGAGAGCAGCGACGGCAAACCAAGCGCCGUCCUCGCGGCUAAUGAGGGCGGUUGCGGCGGCGUCGAGCGCCCCGAGGUGCGGGGGGUUCGGUACCAGAUCUAG